GAUGAGGGGGCGGCCGCGCAGCCUGCGCGGCAAGCGAGGCGCCGCGGGCGGCGCGAGGACGCCGCGCCCACGCAGAAGGGCAUCGACGCUCUCGUCGACCAGGUGUCCGAGGCUCCAGCGGAGUUCGCAGAGAGCGUGGACAUGUGGCAGACGGUAGAGGCCAUGCAGCUGGUCUCGAAGAAGAUGCCUGCGCUCUGCAAGGUCGGGAAGCAGGAUGCUGAGGGGUGGCUCGGGAACUGCAUCGACGAGCUCAGCGACGUGAAGAAGAUCAAGAACCUCCACCUGGACACGCUAAAGCAGGGCCUCGUCGACGCCCGCGUCGCGUUGUCGAAGUUCUUCGCUAGCAUGGGCGACGUCGAAUUCCCCCUCGCGUUCACUCCGUACAAGGAGAAGUUUGGCAGGCUCCACGAGUCGCACCAGGCCGCGUGGAAGGCCGUGCUGCGAGCGAAGGCUGGCGCACAGGCCGUGCAGGCCGAGCAGAGUGGGCAUGAUCAGAAGGCCAAUGAAUCGUGGCGCGCCAAUCGCGACAAGUACCGCAAGUACUUCGCGGGCCGCGGUGCCCCGACGGCGACGGCUAAGGUCGUGGGCGACACGAUCUACAGCAUGGCCUGCCCACCAGGCGAAGUUGACAUCGAUCUCUCCUACGAGUCCCCCGAGUGCAACGUCGUUGAGGGCUCCACGGCUGACGUCUUCACUCGCCCAUUCCGCAUCAAGUUCAACGCCUCCGAGGACCGCGCCCAGAAGGAUCACUUCCACAACGUCUUCGGCCAGCUCUAUUUGGACAACAAGAUUCAGGCGACGGCGAAGAUGCGGGAGUGCAACCAGGUCAUGAAGCAGCCGACUGCCAACAUGUGCUGCACGUUCGGCUCCAUCCAGUUGUCGACGGACAUCGACCUGAAGCCGUCCUGGGUCACCGACGCCUCGAAGCGGUUGCAGCCGAUCGUUGGCCUUCGUUCGGUCGUGCGGGUUUCUCACACGGAGUCCGUGGACGUUACUUUGGACGCGUGGCCGUGGCGUGGAGUGCCAGCUUUCUUGACCCAGGACUGCGGCAGGUCUGUGAUUUCAGUUGUGCCGCCCGACGUCGCCACCGCCAUCGGCAACCCGCAGGAGUGGUUGGCGAGCCUCAGUUCCGACGGUUUGCAGGACUACCCCGCCUGGAUGCUCGAGGAGGGGAGUUCGCUCUUCGUGCCGUGCGGAUCGUUCCCUAUCAUUGUCGGCGCGUGCCCUCUCAUUGACGUCGCUUCCAAGGAGGCGGACUUGAAGGCGACGAAGGGGAAGGAUAACCAGCGCCACCUCAUCGGGCUCGGAGUUCAGCCGAUGUUCGACGUAGCCUUUUUGAAAGAGCAAGCCUCCCCGAAGGUUGUCAACAGGGUGCUUGCUACCUACCAGGAGGGCGAGGGUAAGAACCUGAAGAGUUGGACGGAGAAGGUCUCUGAGUGGAAGCGGGAUCUCGGGGAGUGGGUCCAGGCGGCGGCCGAGAAAGAGAGCAAGGUGGAUAUCGAGUAG